CGACGCGGAUCAACAGAGCAGACGGCGCACCACAAGAGAAUCGGUAUGGCACUCAAGUGGCAAGUUGUGCAACUCAUCAUAGUGAUAACAACAUACAUCGUCGUUGCUUCAGGAUACGAAACGAACGAUUUCAAAGUGACCUCAAUACCAAGCUCAUCAGGACUAUAUUACGAUCACGUAGGACAAAUAGAGAUAUACAGUACCACAUGGAGGAUAGUCACAUAUGUUAACUUAGAUGUAAUAACAGAAAGAUUUCAAAAAGCAGAGAGGUACGGUAAGGCAGCGGUACAGAGGUGCCGUGACACAUUGAAACAAUUAAACGUUGGAUUAAUAGAAUGUAGAGUGUUAGAUCAGCAAGUUACACAUCACGUGGAAAAGAUUACAGGGCUACAGCAACUCGUACAGCAACUCACAAAACACGAAACCAGAAGAAAGAGAGGAGUAUUCAACUUCGUCGGACAGGUAAGUAAGACACUGUUCGGAAAAUUGGACGAAGCAGACGCAGCGUACUAUAAGGAAAGAAUAGAUGCUAUGGAAAAGAACUCUGAAGGGUUGCUGAGGUUAACUAAGGAACAGGUGGCAGUGGUAAGGGCCACAUUAGCAGGAGUAAACAGAACAGUAUAUACACUAGAAUCAAACGAACACAUUCUAAGAACAGGCAUGCAGAGACUAGAAAGGUUCAUGAAGGAAUACGUGAAGGAAACAGAUAUGGGUUUCAAACGGGUAGCAACUUUUGCCACUGUAACGGAACAAGUAUUACAAUUAGCGGCAGUGUUUGGCCAAAUCGAAGAAGAGUACGAGCAAAUGAUAAAUGCCAUUGUAAAUGCUCAAAAAGGAAUACUUCAGCCUCACAUCAGUAAUCCAGUGCAAAUUGUGAAGUAUCUAAGUUUAAUCCGAGACGAAUUAAAGGACGUGAAGUUUCCUGUUCCUCUCGCGGAGUCAUCAGGCUACCUCUUGUUAAGAAUAAUCGAUCUAGAUGUUUUCAUUUCCGGUAGCAUACUAGGGUACGUAAUUAAUAUCCCUUUAAUAGAUAAUAAUAAUUUCAAUUUGUACAGAGUUCUCCCAUUACCAAAGGAGAUCCCAAAUAUGAAAGGAAGGUACAUAUACAUACAGCCAGAGAAAGAAUUUCUACUGAUAGAUGAAUCCAAAAGGCAGUACGCGAAACUUUCUGCGGAUGAUCUAAAAUGUAAAGAACUGAGUAAGAACAGAAGACUGUGCAGACAGUCAUUCGCAUUGCUAUCGACAUUCGCCCAUGAAGAAUGCGAAGCCAAAUUAUUGCAACCGGUAAGAGAAAUUCCGGAAGAUUGUGUGCGAAAAAUAGUCGCACUGAAUCAGAGCCUUUGGACCCAUCUAAACAGUAACGAAUGGCUAUAUGUAGCUCCUAAGGAAGAAGGACUGACAGUAUUAUGUGGAAAGGAACCCCCGAAGGAUUUAUUAAUGAAAGGGGUAGGAAAGAUAAGUUUUUAUAGUAAAUGUAAAGGGUAUGGAACGAGAGUGUUCAUACAAACAGAUAGAGUAAUUCAUAGUAACGUAACAAAGAAGGAUAUAAUACCUCAAAUUAAUUUAGAAUUUGACUGUUGUGUAGUAAACGAAGAAAAGAAGAAUGUCUCAAUGCUAACUUUAGAUUUACCAUUGGAGCAGGUAGUAACACAAUUAGACGACUUGAAAAUCGCUGGGAAAAUAUUGGACGAUGUCCAGCGAAUGGCAGAAAGGCAGGAGGAAGAACUAAAAUACUCCAGAUACUUUACCCAUUACUCAGUAACUACAUACAUAGCUAUAGCAAUAGUCAUUGUUAUUGUGAUAAGAUGUUGUUGUAAAAAUUGUAAAUGCUGUAAAGAAUGUUUCAAAAGUUUAUGGAAGUACUUUGACGAUAGUAACUGUUGUGGUAAAGUAUGUAUAAGAAACACUAUAGUAAAUCAAUAUCCAGAGACUAGCUUAAGUAGAAGACAAGCUAAUAAAGUCACUGAAGAGGUAGUAAUAUACGAAAGAUGUGGGAAAAACCAAUAAGAGUCAGUUCUGUUGAGAAACAGGCGUUAAGUCAAAUCAAAAGUUAAAAUAUAUUAGAAGUGUCUUAUGAA